AUGGCCGGCUACGUGCCACCGAAGAAGGGCUCCUGGGGCCACGGGGGCGCCUCGGCCUCGGCGGGGGCGAGCGCCUUUGCGGGGGCCGGGGCGGGGGCCUCGGCGGCAGCUAAGGCCUCGGCAGGAGCAGGAGCAGGGGCGUCGGCAGGGGCGUCGGCAUCCACCUUCGGCUCUGAGGUUCUUUGGGGCUCGGCGGCCUGGGUUCGGGCUUACUCGGUUCUUCCGGUUCUUCCCACGGUUCAGCUGGCUGCUGUGGUGCAGGUGGUUCAGGAGCUGGUCACGGUUCAGGCCACGGCUCUGGUGCUGGUGGUUCUGGCGGCUUUGGUUCCAGUGGUUCUGGCGGCUUUGGUUCCAGUGGUUCUGGCGGCUUUGGUGCUGGUGGCUCAAGUCAUGGCUCCGGUUCAUUCGGUUCCAGUGGUUCAAGCCACGGCUCUGGUGCCGGUGGUUCUGCAGGCUUUGGCUCUAGUGGUUCAAGCCACGGCUCUGGUGCCGGUGGUUCUGCAGGCUUUGGCUCUAGUGGUUCAAGCCACGGCUCUGGUGCCGGUGGUUCUGCAGGCUUUGGUGCCGGUGGUUCUGCAGGCUUUGGUGCCGGUGGUUCAAGCCACGGCUCUGGUGCCGGUGGUUCUGCAGGCUUUGGUGCCAGUGGUUCAAGCCACGGCUCUGGUGCCGGUGGUUCUGCAGGCUCUGGUGCCAGUGGCUCAUAUCACGGUUCUGGUGCCGGUGGUUCUGCAGGCUCUGGCUCCAGUGGUUCAAGCCACGGUUCUGGCGGCUUUGGUGCAGGUGGUUCUGGUGGCUUUGGUGCAGGUGGUUCUGGCGGCUUUGGUGCAGGUGGUUCUGGCGCCUUUGGUGCAGGUGGUGCAGGUGGUUCUGGCGCCUUUGGUGCAGGUGGUUCUGGUGGCUUUGGUGCUGGUGGUUCUUCCCACGGCUCUGGUACAAGCCACGGUUCUGGAGGUGUUGGUGCUGGUGGUUCUGGCGCCUUUGGUGCAGGUGGUUCUGGCGCCUUUGGUGCAGGUGGUUCUGGCGCCUUUGGUGCAGGUGGUUCUUCCCACGGCUCUGGUACAAGCCACGGUUCUGGAGGUGUUGGUGCUGGUGGUUCUGGAGGUGUUGGUGCUGGUGGUUCUGGCGGCUUUGGCUCCAGUGGUUCAAGUUCAUUCGGUUCCAGUGGUUCAUCCCAUGGCUCUGGUACAAUCCACGGUUCUGCAGGUGCUGGUGGUCCUGGAUGUUGUGGUGCUGGUGGAUCUGCAGGCUUUGGGUCUAGCGGUUCAAGCCACGGUUCUGGAGGCUUUGGUGCCGGUGGUUCAAGCCAUGGUUCUGGUGGCUCCGGUUCUUCCAGUGCAGGGGCGGGGGCUGGACACGGGGCAGGACAUGGGGCAGGACACGGGGCUGGACACGGGGCAGGACAUGGGGCCGGGGCUGGGGGUCACGGCCUGGGCGCCGGGGGCCACAAGGUGUCCGUGGUGAAGGGCACGCGGCCUGGGGCUGUCUUCAUCUCCUCCAAGGGCACGGGUCCGGGGGGAUCCACGCACUCCAGCUCCUCCUUCGCCUCCUUCAGCUCCUCCAGCGGACUGGGCGGCGCCUCGGCCUCCAUCCACGGCC